AUGGGGAUGGGAGCAGGAAGAGGAGGGUGUCCCGCUGUCCGCCCUCAGCCGCCUCUCCGCUCCGCGCAGGCGGAGCCGGCACCGCGGAGCCUGGUGGUGUCGGCGCCGGGGAAGGUGAUCCUGCACGGCGAGCACGCCGUGGUGCACGGCCAGGUGAGGCGGCGGCGGCGCGCGGGCCGCACGGCCGUGCGCCUGCCCGGCGUCGGCGUCGACGCCGCCUGGGACGUGCCGCGCCUGCGCGCCCUGCGCGGCACCUUCCCAGCUGACUUUGAUGAAUCUAAAUCCCCCAGCGCAGAGCAGCUGGAUGCGCUGCGAGAGUUUGCUGGAAUCGCUGCCGAGUCCUCCGCUCCCGACAGCCUCGCUACCCUUGCCUUUCUCUAUAUGUGCCUGGCUAUUUCAGCUAAGUAUGGAGACGUGCCGAGCGUGGACAUCAUCGUGUGGUCGGAGCUGCCCACGGGAGCCGGCCUGGGAUCCAGCGCGGCCUAUUCCGUGUGCGUGGCGGCCGCGCUGCUCGCGGCGUGCGGAGCCGUCGCCUGCCCGCCCGCCGACGGGGCCGCCCCGGCCAGGUGGACAGAAGAAGAGCUGAGUUUAAUUAACAGCUGGGCCUUCCAGGGCGAGCGAGUGAUCCACGGCAACCCGUCGGGGGUGGAUAACGCCGUGGGCACCUGGGGUGGAGCCCUGAGAUACCAGUCAGGAAAAAUCACACCAUUGAAGAGGGUGCCGACACUGAGGAUCUUGCUGACCAACACCAAAGUCCCCCGAAGCACCAAGGUGCUGGUGGCUGGAGUCAAGGACAAGAUCCUGAAGUUCCCUGCUAUAAUGAACCCGGUGCUGGACUCCAUUAAUGCAAUUUCUCAGGAGUGCCAAAGUGUUCUGGAAGCGAUGCCUGGAAAUCCAUCACCGGAGUAUUACCCUGUGCUAGAGGAGCUCUUCGAUAUCAACCAGCACCACCUGAACGUGCUCGGCGUCGGGCACCCCUGCCUGGACCGGCUCUGCCGGGUGACGGCGUCGCACGGGCUGCACAGCAAGCUGACCGGGGCCGGCGGCGGCGGCUGCGGCGUCACCCUGCUGCGGCCAGACACCUCCCCGCUGGCCGUGGAAGCAGCCAAGAGAGACCUGUGCGCCUGCGGGUUUGAAUGCUGGGAGACCAACAUCGGGGCGCCCGGCGUGAGCCUGCACUGCCCCUCGGCGCUGAAGGCAGAAGUGCUGCGCGCGCUCGGCAUGAGCUAGGGCUCUGCCCCGGCACCGCGCAGCUCCCGGCACCGCGUCCUGGAGCCGCGGGGUUUGUGCCCCGGCACCCAGCAACUUCCCCCUGACUCUCUCUCUGUGGCUGCGGGUCUCUACACAGAUGCACGGGGCUAAGUCUGGGCCUGGUAUUAUUGGGAGUGGGAAUUACAGCGAGGAGCAAGGAGCAACUGCUCGCACUAGUGCGGAUUUGACCCAGCCUCUCCGAAUCCUAUUCUGAAUUUCUUGCUGAACGGCGGAGCGGCUCUCAAGGGGCAGGAGACGAGGGCCUUGGCAGGGCUCCAGCGUGGGUAAUGACCUUGCCUGGCUCUGCCGCUCGUCCCCGGGCUGCGAGGGCAGCGGGGCUGGCACGGAGGCGUGCGGGGCGCCGAGGCUUAGCGGGACAAACAGCCUGCCAGCCAAGGGCUCCGCACUCAGGUCUCCGUCAUUCCCGCUGGACUCCAACGGAGCACAGAGAGAAAACCUUUAAAUACAGCUCCGACUUGCUGCUAAUUAAGAGUUUGGAUAAUUAAAAUGGAAGAAACAGUACAAUUCUAAUGCAGUUAUCACUGUUUUCGCUCUCUCCCAUCAUCUCUGUUUCCAUCUAGGCUGAUAAACGGGCUCUGAAACUGGUUGUCAUUCACGUGCUCAGGGUCUGGUUCAAACAACUCAUCUGCUAGGAGAUGGUUAAAGGCAAAAGAAUUCUUAAGAUUUCCACCCGCAAUAGCUGUUUUGGGAUCUCUUCUGCUUCAGUCAUAAAUGAGCACAUUUUUAGCCCCCUACACUUGCUGGGUGAAUAAAACGUUGUCUCUCAGGGUAGGGAAAGAAUAAUGAUGUUUCAUACCAGAGCAAACACCAAUUUGCUUCAGUUUAGUUAUUUUUUGAAGUGGAAUGCAUUUUUUUUCCUCUUCAAAAGCUGAGCUUAAUUUACAACUGACAAACUAUAAAACCUAAAUGUGCUUAAACUUAUUACACUAAUGUAGUUUACUAGGAAUUUUAAUGAGUCGCACCACUGAACUGGAGGGAAUUGGCAGGUGAGUGUCAGCAGCCAGAGGAUUUGGUAGCAAGAGGCUCUGGUCUCUGCUGUACCUGCCAAAGAGCUUUUUGUCUUUGUUUUCUUGCCUGCUUUAUUUAAGUGCAGCUCUUUUCAAAAGACUUCAUUCAAAGCUAAGUGAUGGAUUGGCAGAAGGGGGAGGCUUCCUCUUCCCCUUAGGAAUAAGCAGGCAG